CGGCGCGGCGCCGGGCGCGAACACCGACGGGGCCGAGCCCGCGAGUGCCAGGGGAGCCCGCGACUCGCUCCCGAGGGCCUCGACGGGGGGGCACGCUGCUCGGGGCCCAUCGGCCGAGGACCCCUGUCCCUCUCCGCAGCGUCGCCAUGUCCUCGGUGUUCGGGAAACCCCGCGCGGGCAGCGGACCGCAGAGCGCGCCCCUCGAGGUCAACCUGGCCAUCCUGGGGCGCCGCGGGGUGGGCAAGUCCGCCCUGACUGUGAAGUUUCUGACCAGGAGGUUUAUCAGCGAAUAUGACCCCAACUUGGAGGACACCUACAGCUCCGAGGAGACUGUGGACCACCAGCCUGUCCACCUGAGGGUCAUGGACACUGCAGACCUGGACACCCCCAGGAACUGUGAGCGCUACCUGAACUGGGCCCACGCCUUCCUGGUGGUGUACAGUGUCGAUAGCCGCCAGAGCUUCGAGGGCAGCAGCAGCUACCUGGAGCUGCUCGCUCUGCACGCAAAGGAGACGCAGCGCGGCUACCCUGCUCUGCUGCUGGGCAACAAGCUGGACAUGGCCCAGUACAGGCAGGUCACCAAGGCUGAGGGCACAGCCUUGGCAGGCAGGUUUGGAUGCCUGUUUUUCGAAGUCUCUGCCUGCCUGGACUUCGAGCACGUGCAGCACGUCUUCCAUGAGGCAGUGCGGGAGGCACGGCGGGAGCUGGAGAAGAACUCCCUGGCCCGGCCCCUCUUCAUCUCCGAGGAGAGGGCCCUGCCCCACCAGGCCCCGCUCACCGCCCGGCACGGGCUGGCCAGCUGCACCUUCAACACUCUGUCCACUGUCAGCCUGAAGGAGAUGCCCGCCGUGGCCCAGGCCAAGCUGGUCACUGUGAAGUCGUCCCGGGCCCAGAGCAAGCGCAAGGCACCCACCCUGACCCUCUUGAAGGGCUUCAAGAUCUUCUGAGGGCCCCCCUCAGGAUCCCAGGCUCGGAGGCCCAGCUGGGCUGCAGGACAGGGGCUGGCUUCUCACCGCCAGCUUUCCUUCUGAUGGAACAAUAGCCCACGCCCUCUGGUGGACAGCUGACCCUCCUCCAGCACAAGAGUGACCCUGACACCUAGUUCACUUUGCGAGCUGGAGGGACAGGCAGGAAUGCUGCCUGUAUUCCCUCAGGCUAUGAUUUCCCUAGUAACCGUUACAUUCCCUGACCCUGAAGGGAAACAGCCACUGCGACAACCCAGAGACCUAGGGUCAGGUUAAGCAGGAGGAAAUUGCAGUGUCCAUUGUGGUGCCAGCACCCGUUCCAGCUCCAGCUCAGCCGGAUGUGGCCCCCAGUGGACAGCUCUGGGUGGAGAGCUCCAGGAGGCCCUGCACAAGUGCAGGUCUGAGAAUAGCCUGCAGGGGGGACAGGCCUGAGGUCCUAGCGCCACCUGGUGGACAGGACGAGUAGGGCAGCUGCAGGUUUGGGAGGGCAGAAGUCUGGCCCUCCUGUUGUCUUCUGACCUCAGAGAAGCCCCAGGCAACACACCCCGUAGUUCAUCCAAGUAAAUUCUAGUUUAAAUAAUCCUACGAAACAGCAUGUGAGAAGCAAAGAAGUCCCAGGAAGGGCUAUUUCCAGGACUUUGCUUCUCAGUGAGGGUAGAAAGGAGGGGGCUCUGGGUUGUCCAGUGUAGGGGGCCUCCAGAGAUUUUCCCCAGGAGGCACGGCCCCCUUCUUUUCCUACCUUAAAUUAAGGACUCUGGCUACAGACGCUUAGGACCAGCCUCAAGUUUAAUGAUCAAAGCUGCAGAACAAAAUCGUUCUCUCCAGUGACAAUCACCCAGAACCCCAGGGAGCCCACAGCUGGCAGUAUAGACAUCCGGUGAGCACUAUUCGCCUGCUCCCGGCUCAUAGGUACAAACACAGUAUAUCAGAUUGUAGUCUGGUCUGGCAGGACUCAGUGCCCAUCGUAAUGGGUCUGAGUGUUCGAAGUCCACUUUUGUAAGAUAGAACCUAAAGCAUUUUUGGUUCAUAAAGCAAAUUCUGCAUAAAUUAUUUGGGAUUGCCACCACAGCUUAUACCACACACUGUGGCUCAAACAUGGGAUCAGGACACUCUCUUGGGAUCCCAGGGUUAUCAAAAGAAGGGUCUCAGAGGCAGGGAACUCCACAGUUUUCUAACUUUGUUUACCAUAGGGUCCCUGGCCCAAAGGAAGUCUUUCAUGCACCCUCAGCAGAUAAGCAAGUAAAAAGGAGAGGGCUCUAGUGGGAGGAAGGGACAGGAAGGGGACUCUGAGCCCAGAAUCCUGCUCCUUCCCUCUCAGCAGUUCCCAGAGCUUGGAUUAAAAAGAGCAGCUCUAACCCAGCCUUCAGCCCCAUUCUAUAAUGGAGAAGCUGAGGUCAGAGGGAGGCUGUGACCUCCUCAAGACCCCCAUGAGGAGUCCUGGCCAGGCUUCCAGCCCCACAGGCUGGCUCUGGAUUUCCCACUUUUGCUUCAAGCCACUUGUGUGUUGACCACCGCCAUUUGAACAAACUAUGCAAUUCCAUCGGCGCACUUCCAGAAGCAUUUUAAUAAAAAGGUU